AUGAUGUCGAUGCGUUCUUCGUCUGGAGGCCGGAUCCCCCCCGGAGCGAGCAUCGAGACAUCGCGAAGCUUUUUGAAGCCGGUGAUGGACAAGCCUGUGGAAGAAAGAUCGGUAGCUAGAAGACUGAUCAGCAAGUUCAAUGGGUCGAACGGAGGUUCCAACAGCGGGUCCAACAGCGGCUCAGAGACAAGUAACAAUACGCUAAGUCGAAUUUCGCAGCUUUCUCCAAGAAAGAAAACGUUAGCAAGACGAAAACUCCAACAGGAAGAGUUGCUGAAAUCCUCGUCUUCGAAGGUGCAGCCAAGGUUGGUUGCCCGCAGGCCUGAAGUCAAGCCUGGGGUAAAGACUGAGAACAAGCCUCAGAACAAGCCUCAGAACACAAUACAACCUUCAGAAAAGCCUCAAAAACCAGUACAGUCCACUCACACGAAAUCAGAGGUAACACAACUACCAGCUCUGAGCAAACGGGUGCUUUUUCGCUUCGAUCAUGCAACAGUCACAUCUCACAACUCACAAACCCCAGAAAAAUCCGUCUCGCACGGUAAGCUGCUGACCAGCGGAAAACUUGAGAUUUACAAGCUACAUAAUGAUGCAGUGACAUACCUGGAGUGUGGAAAUGUGACCUACCCGAUAAUGUCUCGGUCACGCAUCAUGAGGACCGAUAUCAACAAAUUCAUCCUCACUGUGUCGAACCCCCCCAGUUUCUGGCAUAUCCGGCUGAAAACAAGAGACCGUGCUCUCAUAUCGACACUCGAACAGUCCAUAAUUGAUCUAUGUGAUUACGCAAACUUUUACGACCAUGAGGAGGAUGAAGACGGAGAUGAUGAUCAAGAGCAGGAUGAGGAUACCAACGAUGUCAGCACCAUCAAAGUUGAUGAUUCGUUGCCACAGUCACACUCCUUGCAACGCACAGACUCUUCGGUGGCAUGCUUUGGGCUGAACAGCGAUAGUGCCCAAUUGGAACUGGCCAAGCUGACGCUUUCGUAUUCGAACGAUUCGCUGGAUUCAUUGUUGGACCUAUUUGACAUUGACGUUACGAAGCGGGUCAGAAAGGUACCCAACCUAUUCAGAACGCCGGAGGCUUCUCCACACACCUCAAUUGGAAAAAACUUUGAGCCGGUUGACUCGUCAACAGCCUCAUCUGCUAAUGAAUACAAGGACGCUCAAGACACUAAAGACACCAAAGACACUAAAGAGAGCAAGGAUGCAACUGCGUUCUCGUUGAUUCCUCUCACUCCACAAUCUAUGGAUCCACAUGAUGGGCAAAGCUGGCUUAGCCCCGACGAACAAGAUGACGAUGCUGAACGUGAGUUUCUGGCCACUACACGGACAAUGAAUGGAAGAUCUUUCAGCAGCAAAGUGCUGUACUCGUAUAUCAAUGACCAGAGCAGGCGGAUGGCCACAGGAAGGUCCGACCAAGGUGAAGUUAAGCUGAACGAAGACGAGAUAUUCAAUUCGGUUCGGCGCCGGAUCAACAGCGAACAGCAAAGGAGCACCUCGCGGGUUUCUCGGUUAUGGAACUGGUGA